UGACCACACCCACAUAGUGAUCUGAUUGGUCACACUGCUCAUGUGAACAGUCAGAAUUCAAACAGAAUUGGAUCUUCCCAGACUGUUACUCACCACUGCGCCUUACACAGCACCCGGUACCCGUGUUGUCAAGCACUGCUUUCCUAAACUGUGUCUGUUUGUCAUCGGAACAAAAAUGUCUUCCAAGCUCAAUGCUGCCACAAUUUUGGACCUGAAAUGGGCUUUUGAUGAGUCUAAGAACAAGAAGUACAAAAAAGGAAAAUUUUUAGGAAAGGGUGGAUUUGCUCACUGCUAUGAACUCAUUGACGUUGACACAAAUACUAUAUAUGCUGGAAAAAUUGUUCCCAAAACCAUGCUAACCAAGCCACACCAACGGGAGAAGAUGACCAUGGAGAUUGAGAUUCACCGCACACUCUCUCACUCCAAUAUCGUUGGCUUCCAUGGCUUUUUCGAGGAUCAGAACCACGUGUACAUCCUGCUAGAGUUGUGCAGGCGUCGCUCAUUAAUGGAGCUCCACAAAAGAAGAAAAGCCGUUACAGAGCCUGAAGCACGCUUCUAUCUCAAGCAGAUACUACUGGCUGUUAAGCACCUCCAUGAGCAAAAGGUCAUUCAUCGUGAUCUCAAACUUGGCAAUCUGUUUCUCAAUGACGAUCUUGAAGUCAAGGUUGGUGAUUUUGGUUUGGCAACCAAAGUGGAGAUUGAAGGAGAGCGAAAACGUACACUGUGUGGAACCCCUAACUACAUUGCUCCCGAAGUCCUUGGGAAGAAAGGUCAUAGCUACGAAGUGGACAUCUGGUCUAUUGGUUGCAUAGUAUACACUCUGCUUGUUGGAAAGCCUCCAUUUGAGACUGAGAGUCUAAAAGAUACCUACCAACGGAUAAAGCGUAAUGAGUAUCAUAUUCCAUCUCACAUCAAUCCCGAAGCUAGGUCACUCAUAAAACGCCUUCUACGUUCUGAUCCCUCAUCAAGACCAACUGCUGGGGAUAUUUUGCGUGACCCUUUCCUCACCGCUGGCUUCAUUCCUGCCAAACUACCCCCGAGUUCUUUGACUACUGCGCCUCACUUUAAGAAUGCUCAUCUCCCACCAAGCAGCGCCAGGCAUCCACUUGCUCAAGUCAACUCCCUUGUGACUGAAACCAAUGUGGCAGCUCGAAAAGUUGCAGCAACUCCUGUUCUUGCGGACGACCCAGCUGACUGGCAUCUUCACAGUCUGUUAACACAGCUGAUCAACUGUGUUGGCACCAACCCAUCUGAAAAAAAUCCGACUGACUAUGGUGAGUCCGAAGAUCCUGCCUCCAUGCCCAUAUUUUGGGUGAGCAAGUGGGUUGAUUACAGUGACAAGUAUGGACUUGGCUACCAGCUGUGUGAUACUAGUGUUGGUGUCCUCUUUAAUGACUCUACUAGGCUGCUGCUAGGCUCUGAUGAGGCGUCUGUCCAAUACAUCAACAAAGAUUUGGCUGAAGAAUUCUACACGAUUUCAGCCUAUUCUGAAUCCCUUUACAAGAAGGUCACUUUGUUGAAAUACUUUCGCUCAUACAUGAGUGAGCACUUGCUGAAGGCUGGAGGCAGUGCUGGAGAAAGGCCCGUUGAAGAGGGGGUGAGACUACCUCACCUCAGGACCUGGUUCAGGACAAGGUCUGCCAUAGUGUUGCACCUCUCAAAUGGGAUCAUGCAAAUCAACUUUUUCCAAGAUCACACUAAGAUUAUCAUAUGUCCAUUGAUGUCAGCAGUGAGCUACAUUGACGAAAGCAAGAAUUUCCACACUUACAAGCUGUCUAUGAUUGAGAAAUAUGGAUGUUCAAAGGAUAUCUGCAAUAGGUUGAAGUAUGCCAAAACAAUGUGUGAAAGGCUGAUAACCAAGCUCGAUUCUACACCCUGUGACAAAGCCACACCCUCUGUGAGGACACCGUCACUCGCUCCUGUUGUUUCUUAACUCUUUCAAUAAUUAUCAUAUUAAGUAUUUGAUUUUAACAGUACACAGUACAGGACAUGCACACUGUAGGUCUCUUUAUGUGCACUUUCUAUACCUUGUACUUCUGUAGCUAGCUAGAUCCUUUAUAUAGGUCAUAAUGUGUAAUUUUGUCACACCAAUGUUCUAAUUAAACGUAAGACUGUUACGGUAUGUG